GGAUCGCGAAGUGUUAGGUAAUUUUUUCGUUGGCUUGCGCGAGUGCUUAAAGGAAAAAAAAAAUCUUCCAGCUAAGAAGGCUGAAGAUCAUCAAAUCGUGUAUUCCAGUUCAAAGUGCUACAAGAGGCUUAAUCCGUUUUGAGUGUAUUUAUCCAAAUAUCAGGAAAUGGUUCACUACAGCCGGUUGUUGAGUGUUCAGGCUAAACGAGCCGCACUCUACAGUGUUGAUGCACAGCAGCGUCAUUUCCAUGCAUCAUGCGCUGUCGCCGCUAAGGUCGCUCUUUCCAAGUUCGACCAAGAUGUCUAUCUGCCAUACGAGAAGCUGCAGAAGAACAUUGAAGUGGUUAAAAAGCGGCUGGGACGCCCAUUAACACUCAGUGAAAAGAUUCUGUACGGUCAUUUGGAUGAUGCUGCCAAUCAGGAUAUCCAGCGUGGUGUAUCGUACCUUCGGUUGCGCCCUGAUCGCGUAGCCAUGCAGGAUGCUACCGCUCAGAUGGCUAUGUUGCAGUUUAUUUCAUCCGGACUACCGAAGGUUGCCGUUCCAUCAACUAUUCAUUGUGACCACUUGAUCGAGGCUCAAAUUGGCGGUGAAAAAGAUUUGGCUCGUGCUAAGGAUAUCAAUGCUGAGGUAUACAAAUUUUUAUCUACCGCUGGUGCUAAAUACGGUGUUGGCUUCUGGAAGCCAGGUUCGGGAAUCAUUCAUCAGAUUAUUCUGGAGAAUUACGCUUUCCCUGGUUUGCUGAUGAUUGGAACCGAUUCGCACACUCCAAACGGCGGAGGUCUAGGCGGUCUGUGCAUUGGUGUCGGUGGUGCGGAUGCUGUCGAUGUGAUGGCCAACAUCCCGUGGGAAUUGAAGUGUCCUAACGUAAUCGGAGUCAAUCUCACUGGUAAAAUCAGCGGAUGGACAUCGCCAAAGGACGUCAUUUUGAAAGUGGCUGAUAUCUUGACUGUGAAGGGUGGUACCGGAGCCAUCAUCGAGUACACUGGCAAGGGAGUCGAAUCGAUUUCUUGCACAGGAAUGGCCACUAUUUGUAACAUGGGCGCGGAAAUUGGAGCCACAACCUCCACCUUCCCCUUCAACCAGCGCAUGGUAGAUUAUUUGGGAGCCACAGGACGUGCUUCUAUUGCCAACGAAGCUAAAAAGUACGAGAAGACCGUACUUUCUGCUGAUCCCGGAGCAAAAUACGAUCAAGUCAUUGAAAUCAACCUUGACAAAUUGGAGCCGCACAUUAAUGGCCCAUUCACUCCGGAUUUGGCCCAUCCAAUUAGCAAACUGGGUGCUAAUUCCAAGAAGAAUGGAUAUCCGAUGGACAUCCGUGUUGGUUUGAUUGGUUCGUGCACCAACUCUUCCUACGAGGAUAUGGGACGCUGCGCUUCGAUCGCCAAAAAUGCCAUGAAGCACGGCAUCAAGUCGAAGAUUCCAUUCAACGUUACUCCCGGAUCGGAGCAGAUUCGAGCCACCAUUGAACGGGAUGGUAUUGCCAAGGUGUUCAAGGAAUUCGGCGGUACCGUAUUGGCCAAUGCAUGUGGUCCGUGUAUCGGACAGUGGGAUCGCAAGGAUGUGAAGAAGGGCGAGAAAAAUACCAUUGUUACAUCUUACAAUCGUAACUUUACCGGACGUAACGAUGCUAACCCUGCGACGCACUGCUUUGUAACCAGCCCCGAACUUGUGACUGCUCUAUCAAUCGCCGGUCGGUUGGACUUUAACCCACUGACAGACGAACUGACCGGCUCUGAUGGAAAGAAAUUCAAGCUGGAUUCCCCCUACGGUGAUGAGCUGCCGCAGAAAGGAUUCGACCCAGGCAUGGAUACAUACGAAGCUCCCCCACAGGAUGGAUCCUCGGUGCGUGUCGAUGUGGACCCGAAGAGUCAGCGAUUGCAGCUGUUGGAACCCUUUGAUAUCUGGGACGGUAAGGAUCUGACCGAAAUGACCGUAUUGAUCAAAGUAAAAGGCAAGUGCACAACCGAUCACAUCAGUGCCGCUGGACCCUGGCUCAAAUAUCGUGGCCACUUGGACAACAUUUCCAACAACAUGUUCAUUGGUGCUACAAACUCCGAAAACAAUGAAAUGAAUAAGAUCAAAAACCAGGUUAAUGGCGAAUGGGCGGGAGUACCGGACGUGGCUCGAUUCUACAAAGCUAAGGGCAUUCGCUGGGUUGCCGUGGGUGACGAAAACUACGGCGAGGGAUCGUCUCGCGAACAUGCCGCUCUGGAACCACGCCAUCUGGGUGGCCGUGCUAUCAUCACUAAGUCAUUUGCUCGCAUCCACGAGACCAACCUGAAGAAACAAGGCCUGCUUCCAUUGACCUUCGCUAAUCCAGCUGAUUACGAUAAGAUUCAACCUCACUCCAAGAUCUCUCUGCUCGGCUUGAACAACUUCGCUCCCGGCAAGCAGGUUGACUGCGAAAUCAAGACCGAUGGAAAAGUCGAUAAAAUCAAGUUGAAUCACUCGUUCAACGAACAGCAAAUCGCCUGGUUCAAGGCUGGAAGUGCGCUGAACCGUAUGAAGCAGCUGGCUAGAAACUAAGAACGUCAAUCUUAAGCCCGCGGCUGCAGAUUCCACUGAGUUAUUAGACGAUGUAUAGAGGUCUGUAUCGUGGGAACGAACAAACGUUCUCCUCCGCUGGAUGCACGGUAUCCGGCGGAAGUGAAACACUUAACUUUUGCGAACGAGCAUUGAUAAAGUUCUAUCAGCUUGAACAGAACAAGUUAAAAUCUAAUUAGAAAAGCUACUUAAGAAUAACCCUCCCAUCACUAGAAGUCAACCGUUUAUCUACUAGGAUGAAUCUUUUUUGUACAUACAUACAAACCAACAUGGAUUAUUCACCUGCAUGCAAUCAACAUUUAGCUGCACGAAUUAGGUCUAGUUGAGGAGAUGAUAGAUGUUCUAAUAUAAAUAUUUGAUUGCAAAGUUUUUUCCCAAAUUGAGAACAGUUUUUGCUUGUCCCUCAUAAUGUCGAACUAAUUUAAUUUAAAAAUUUGUGUCAAUUCAAUCGAGUCAGUCAGUCAAAAAGCGGUCUACGUUUCUGAUAUUGUGCAGAUUCUUAAUUAUUUGUCAGUGACAAUAAAAUAGAAUUAAACAACAAAC